UGAAUAUGUGUUGAGCGUGUAUUUCGCCAUUCAAAGCAAAGUCAAAAUCGACGAAGAAAACAUCAACACAGUUUUCGGUCAGACGAAUUAGCCGAAAAAAAAACAGAAUGACACCAGAUCCCAAAGAUAACAAACACAAGGCAAGUGCCCCGGUCGAACAGAGCUCACCCAACAAUAGCCAGGACGAGCAAACCUCUGGCGACGAAAACGGUGAUGAAGUUGAGGUUUCACUUGACGAGUUUGAGUCAGUCAAUAGUUACUUGGAUUCGAUAAACUCGGCCCUGGAUGCAAUCGAGCAAAGGAAUGAUAACCUGAAAGAACAGCUGUUGAACUUACUACAGUCCAACCGCGAGAUCCGUAAAUCGAUGCAGGAGGAGCAAGCUGGAAGAUCCGGCUCGGAUAAUGGCUCUGAUCCGGAUGCAGCAGCCGGAAAUGCGAUGGAGCAUUGAAGAAAUGGCUCUGUAUAUAUAGAGUUUAAGUAUUUAUUAAGGUAUCAUUCCUUCGUUUACUGUUGAUGUUUUGUAAAUAAGCACAUCUGUAUUGGUUACAUAUAAACAAAAAAAAAGUAAUUGGUCGUUGUUGGUGAA